GUAAAGGCACUUGCUGCAUCACGUGAGCACCACAGAGUUCCCAGUCAGAGCCGUAGCGAGCGGCGGAAGUUGUGGUUGUUAAUGGAUUUCCGGUGUCCGGAGGACGGUCGCCCCCCUCAGGUCUCAGGAGAACCAGACCGACUGACAGGAGCGCUGCGAGGUGAGGGAGGUUCUGCCUGGGGAAAGAGGAGGCCACAGCGAGCACAACACACAGCUGUCAGCGAGUCCUGAUGGUGUAAGGGUUGUUAUUUGAAGGUUAAUUUGGAUUUCUCAUAACUGGAUUAAAAAAUCUCAUCCUUUGGUGGAGUGAAGCGGUUGGAAGGCAGGAAACGGAGGACGCCAUGGCCAGCAGGGCAAGCUCAAGGGCUAAUGGAGUAGGCCAGACAAAAAUCUGUCAGUUCAAGCUGGUGCUACUUGGAGAUAUGGCGGUGGGCAAGUCCAGUCUUGUGUUGCGGUUUGUCAAGGGUCAGUUUGAUGAAUUUCAAGAGACCACUAUUGGAGCUGCCUUCUUAGCUCAAUCUGUGUGUCUGGAUGAUACAACUGUAAAGUUUGAAAUCUGGGACACUGCGGGACAGGAACGAUAUCACAGCCUUGCCCCCAUGUACUAUAGAGGAGCUCAGGCUGCCAUUGUGGUGUUUGACAUCACCAAACCGGAAACAUUUGAUCGGGCAAAGGCUUGGGUAAAAGAGUUACAACGGCAGGCAAGUCCUAAUAUCGUGAUUGCUUUGGCUGGGAACAAGUCAGAUCUGGCAGAGAAGAGGAUGGUGGAAUUUGAAGAGGCUCAAGCAUAUGCCGAAGAUACAGGCUUGUUAUUCAUGGAAACGUCAGCCAAAACCGCAAUGAAUGUGAACGAGUUGUUUUUAGCUAUUGCAAAGAAAAUGCCGAAAUCCGAUGCCCAGAAUCCAACCCAUGCUGCCCGCAACAGGGGCGUAAAUCUCCAAGGCUCGGAUCAGCAACCCAGAAGUGGGUGCUGCAGCAAUUGAUUGAACACUGCAAGAACAAAAGCCUUCUGUAUGCAUUUUCUACACAGAUUAUUAUCAACACUGGUUAGGAUGCUGCCUCCUAUUUUCUACAGCUGGUGGGAAGUUGUUUGGCUUAUUUUUUUCUUUUCUUUUUAUGAUAGUGUUAAAAAUGAGAAACCACAAAAUAGUAAAAGAAAAAAAAAUAUUAAACACACUCCAUCUUCAAAA